UGAUAGGACUGCCAGGUGAAGGUGAGCCCCUGCGGGGCGGACCCUACCUCGGGUGCCACCCCCCACAAAGGUCAAAGCCCUCCCCGGAAACCUCUCUCAGACAGCAGCCGGACACGGCCAGCCCUCCCCCAGUAACCACAUCAUCAUCAUCACCACCAUCAUCAUCAUCAACUCCUGCCUCAUCAUCAUCAUCAAGCCGCAUCAAAAGCAGGAGCAGCUGUGACAAUGAUGCGCUUCAUGCUGCUGUUUAGCCGGCAGGGCAAGCUGCGCCUGCAGAAGUGGUACGUGGCGCUGGCAGAGCGCGAGCGGCGCAAGGUGGUGCGCGAGGUGGUGCAGGGGGUGCUCACGCGCAAGCCCCGCUCCUCCAACUUCCUUGACUGGCGUGACCUCAAGCUCGUUUACAAGCGCUAUGCGAGUCUGUACUUCUGCUGCGCGAUCGAGUCGCACGAGAACGAACUGCUGUCGCUGGAGCUCAUCCACCGCUACGUGGAGCUGCUCGACCAGUACUUCGGAAACGUGUGUGAGCUGGACAUCAUCUUCAACUUCGAGAAAGCCUAUUUCAUCCUGGACGAGUUCCUGCUGGGCGGGGAGGUGCAGGAGACCUCCAAGAAGAGGGCGUUGAAAGCCAUCGAGGAGGCCGACCUACUGCAGGAGGAGAACGAGGAACCUCGCAGCAUGCUGGAGGAGCUGGGGCUGGUGUGAGUGAAGGGCCGAGUUGAGCCGAGACGACCCCCCCCUCUCUCUCUGGGAGAGCACCCCCCCUCUCUCUCUCUGGGAGAGCACCCCCCCCCCCUCUCUGGGAGAGCACCCACCUCUCUAUCUCUGGGAGAGCACCCACCUCUCUAUCUCUGGGAGAGCACCCCCCUCUCUCUGGGAGAGCACCCCCCCCCCCUCUCUCUGGGAGAACACCCCCCUCUCUCUGGGA